ACAAAAAUUAGCUGGGUGGUGGCGGGUGCCUGUAUUACUGGGUGCUCGGGAGGCUGAGACAGGAGAAUUGCUUGAACCCAGGAGGUAGAGGUUGCAGUGAGCCGAGAUCACACCAUUGCACUCCAGCCUGGGCAACAAGAGCAAAACUCCGUCUCAAAAAAAUUAGCUGGGCAUGGUGGCAUGUGCCUGUAAUCCCAGCUGCUUUGGGGGCUGAGGCACGAGAAUUGCUUGAACCGGAAGGUGGAGGUUGCAGUGAGCCAAGAUCGUGCCACUGCACUCCAGCCUGGGCAACAGAGUAAGAUUAUCCAAAAAGAAAAAAAAAAUGAGCUGGGUGUGGCUACACCUGUAGUCCCAGCUAUAUGGGAGGCUGAAGUAGGAGGAUUGCUUGAGUCCAGGUGGUGGAGGCUGCAGUGAGCUAUGAUUGUGUGACUGCACUCCAGCCUGGGUGACAGAGCCAGACCCUGUCUCAAAAAGAAAAGGGUCAUGAUGCCUCCCCAACAGGAUAUGGUGGGGACGCUCCAAGUCCACGGGAGAAGAGGGUACAAGCCGGAGCCAUGGAAGAAACGAACACGUAAGACUCCAGAGGCAAACUGCCCGUCUAGACAGCUCCGGCCUGCAGAGUACACCACUCCCAGGCCAGCGCCAUGAGGUCCUGCUGAGCCACCCACCUCACUGUGAUCAUCCCCAGCCAUGGCCGCGACGCAGGAGCUGCUGCUGCAGUUGCAGAAGGAUAACCGAGAUGGUCGCCAGCGGAAGCAGGAGCUAGAGAAGCUGAUGCGCGGGCUUGAGGCCGAGAGCGAGAGUCUCAACCGGCGCCUGCAGGACCUGAGCGAGCGGGAGCGAAGCCUGCUGCGGAGGCAAAGCCAGGCAGCGCAGCCUCUGCAAGAGGAGGCGCGCGAGGCGGCGCGGGAGCGCGCGGAGCGGGUGCGCAGAAGGCUGGAGGAGGCUGAGCACCACAAGGAAGACUUGGAGCAGCACAGCAGGCAGCUGCAGGAGCAGUGGGAGGAGCUGUCGAGUCAGCUCUUCUACUACGGAGGGGAGCCGCAGAGCCAGAAGAGCACGGAGCAGCAACUCGCAGCCCAAUUGGUGACGCUGCAGAAUGAACUGGAGCUGGCGGAGACCAAAUGCGCCUUGCAGGAGGAGAAGCUGCAGCAGGGCGCGCUGCAGACAGCGGAGGCCUGGGCCAUAUUCCAGGAGCAGACCGUAGUCCUGCAGGUGCGGCCCCACUCAGACGCCAAGGUGCCUCUCGCCUCUCCUUCCCCAGACCUGGGGCGGUGUGACGGGCAGCUUCGCGGAGUGCAGUACAGCACCCAGUCGCUCAUGGAGGAGAUGGCCAGGGCGGACCGAGUGAGCGCCUGCGCGGGUCCGGGCGGGGUGGGCUGGAGCGGGACACGUCUCCCCAUCCCCCCCGCGGUACCGCCUCUCCCUCCUCCUGGAAACCGGGCCGGCGCCGCGGGUGCGGAGGUAGCUGGAUGCAGCCCUCUCUCCCCGCAGGAGAUGCGGCUGUUCGGCGGCCCUGGCGCGCUGGCCAUCAGCAGGCGGUGCGUGCUGGGCUCGCUGCAGGUGCUGCUGACGCUGCCGCUCCUCUUCCUGGGGCUGUCGCUACUCUGGACGGUGCUGUUGGACCCCGGCGCCGUCUCCGCGUGGCUCUGGAGCCUCACCUCGGAGACGACGCUGCGCCGCCUGCGCUACACGCUGUCCCCGCUGCUGGAGCUGCGCGCUAACGGGCUGCUGCCAACUUAAGUGCAGCGCCCCGUGCCUGGCUCCAGGUGGACCGCAGGGCACCUGGCUUUAUUUCUGGUGCACUCCUGAGAGUGUAGACCAAGGUCGCCUAAUAAACUCCUCAAGGGAUGAA